ACAAGUCAACUCGCGGGAGGCGGCGGCGGCGCGGCAGCGGGGGUGCGGCCGAGGCCGGAGCCCUGCCCGGGGCAGGGCGGCGGGGCGGGCGGGCGAGCAGCGGGCGAGGCCGCGUCUGCUGGCGCGGUGCAGCCCCGGCAUAGCCCGGCGUAGCCCGGGGCUGCCCGUGCCGGCCGCGCCAUUGUUGGGGGAGGGGGCGGCUGUUCGGCGCGGCGGAGUCGGGGGCGAGCGAAGGCGCAGACAGGCAGCGGCGCAGAACAGCGGAGGCGCCCCAUGGGGACCACGCUGAGCUGUUGCGUGUCCCCCAAUGCCAGCCCCAAGCUGGGCCGGCACCCCCGGCCGGCGGAGCCGGACUACGAGUCUGAGAUCUACGAGGCGGUGGCCGGGGACACGGUGGCGGUAGUACCGGCGCCCGCUGCCGUGGAGCCUGUGGAGUUGGAUUUCGGGGCCGGCGAGGGUCACCACCUGCAGCACAUCAGCGACCGGGAGAUGCCUGAAGAUUUAGCUUUGGAAUCGAAUCCUUCUGACCAUCCAAGGGCAAGCACAAUUUUCCUGAGCAAAUCUCAAACAGAUGUGCGAGAAAAGAGGAAGAGCAACCAUUUAAACCAUGUAUCUCCAGGGCAGCUUACUAAAAAGUAUAGCUCAUGCUCAACAAUAUUUCUAGAUGACAGCACAGUCAGCCAGCCUAAUCUUAGAACCACAGUAAAAUGUGUGACCUUAGCAAUAUAUUACCACAUAAAGAACAGAGAUGCAAAUAGAUCACUGGAUAUUUUUGAUGAGAGGUCACAUCCACUCACACGAGAAAAGGUUCCAGAAGAGUACUUUAAGCAUGAUCCUGAACACAAAUUUAUUUACAGAUUUGUCCGUACCCUUUUCAGUGCCGCACAGCUAACAGCUGAAUGUGCAAUAGUAACUUUGGUUUACUUAGAAAGGCUUUUAACUUAUGCUGAGAUCGACAUUUGUCCCACUAACUGGAAAAGAAUUGUUUUGGGAGCGAUUCUUCUUGCCUCCAAGGUUUGGGACGAUCAGGCUGUAUGGAAUGUGGACUACUGCCAGAUCCUCAAGGACAUUACAGUUGAGGACAUGAAUGAAAUGGAAAGGCAUUUUUUGGAGCUACUUCAGUUUAAUAUUAAUGUUCCUGCCAGUGUUUAUGCCAAAUACUACUUUGACCUCCGCUCCUUAGCAGAUGACAACAACAUGAAUUUUCUAUAUUCUCCUCUUAGCAAAGAAAGAGCACAGAACCUAGAGGCCAUUUCCCGAUUGUGCGAAGACAAAUACAAGGACUUGUGUAGAGCUGCUAUCCGAAGGUCUUUGAGUGCUGAUCAUUUCACUGGUAUUCGGCGCUCUAAUGCCAUCCUGUCUUAAAGGGAGAAAUGAGGGGUUAUAACAUCAUGAACCCCUCAUCUACAGAGACUGGAAAAAUACCGCCUCUCCUGCUCAAAAACCAGCAAAGUUAGUAUUUUCACCAAAAAGAAAGAUCUCAAAUUCAAGAGACUCGUGGACAACGAGGAUUACACUCCAUAGGAAAGAAUGGGACCUUGUCAAUGUCAAGAACACUCUUCUGUCCUUUUUAAUGUAAACAGUUGCAAAAACCACUCCAAAGCAAAAGCUCCCAAACCACACAGAUACUUGCUUCUGUGUAGGCCAAUAGCUGUGAACUAUGUGAGGUUUUUUAAAUAGUUUAAAUUUUUAGACUUUUAAGACACUAACCAUAUACUUUUAUGUUUUGCCUAUUUCAUAUAACUUUUAUGUUUUUCCUAUUUUUCUUGCCUCCUUCCCCCAAAUAAUUGCUGCAUAUACCUUAAAAAUCAAUGCAGUAUUACCAUUAAAACAUGGGACUCUUUAACAACUCAUAAAACCACUGAAGCUGCUAGUCAUUGGCAAUCAUUUUAAACCAAAAAGCUGCUGGAUAACAUUUGUUGUUCAUUUUCUUUGCAAGCACUACUUAAUAGCAUUUUAGCAUGUUUGGGGCCAUAAACAGAGAAAGUAUCAGGUGUUUUUUCUAAAAGAACUCAUGACAUGUAACGGUAUCAGUUAUUGAUCAUCUACUUCUAUGGGGUCCACAUUGCCAUUUCUUGUAAACCAUAAUGGUGCUUCUCAUUUUCUGAUAAUUUUCCUCUUAUUUGGUAAAUAAAUGUAUUAAAAGAUAUUUUCAUAAUGCC